GGAAGGAGAGAGGAAGAAGAGGAGUAUGGGCUCUGUUACACUGCCCAAAGUCACCGACUCCAUGAUUUCAACCUCGUCCAGCACAGCCGAGAUGGUGACACAGGGAAAGCUUCAGAUCAGCUCUAUAGAAAAUGUGGAAGAUAAAAAUUCGGGACAUCUGGGCUGUUGUGGCUGGGUGCUCGUCAUCUUCUCCCUCCUGAUGGUGGUCCUCACCUUCCCAUUCACUCUCAUAUGUUGUGUAAAGAUAGUGAAAGAGUAUGAGCGUGCAGUUAUCUUCAGACUGGGAAGAAUCACAGACAGAAAACCUAAAGGGCCAGGACUUUUCUUUGUCCUUCCCUGCACGGACACCUUUGUCAAGGUUGAUCUAAGAACCGUUUCCUUCGACAUUCCGCCACAAGAGAUCUUGACUAAGGACUCAGUGACAGUCUCUGUGGAUGGGGUGGUGUACUUCCGGAUCCACUGUCCCAUCUCGUCUGUGGCUAACGUGUCCAAUGCCCACUCCUCCACCCGCCUCCUGGCUCAGACAACCUUAAGGAAUGUUCUGGGCACCAAGAACCUGGCAGAGCUGCUGUCAGACAGAGAGGGCAUAUCAGUCAGUAUGCAGGAAGCACUGGAUGAGGCCACAGACCCCUGGGGCAUUAAGGUGGAGCGUGUAGAGAUAAAAGAUGUAAAGUUGCCUCAGCAGCUGCAGAGGGCCAUGGCAGCUGAAGCAGAGGCCAGUCGAGAGGCCAGGGCCAAGAUUAUCGCAGCGGAGGGAGAGAUGAAUGCCUCACGAGCUCUGAAGGAGGCAUCGCUGGUGAUCGCAGAGGCUCCCUCUGCUCUCCAGCUCCGGUACCUACAGACACUCAACACCAUCGCCGCAGAGAAGAACUCCACCAUCGUGUUCCCUCUACCAAUAGACAUGAUCCAGGCCUUCAUGAGCAAACAGUGAAGCUUUUACAUAGCACUUAGAUAACUAUACUCAUGUAUCUACCUGAAGAGCAUACAUAGAUUUGCCCAUUGCUUGAUUUAACUAUCUGCUGUUGUACAUAUAUGUCAUAAGAUACAUAUGGCAAGUUAUGUUAAGUUCAUUAGAGUACAAAGUGUCUCCUCUCACCUCAGCACCACACAGAUAGCAAUGUCACUCACACAUCUGUGUGAUGUUAGUCUGGUG